AACUUUUAUUAGUGCCCCCAAUUCUUGGAAAUGUAUCUUAGCAUGUGGUGUUUUAGUUUAUGAACGUAUUUUAAUUCAAGUAACUGUAACACUGAAACCUGGUUUUGGAAUAAAACAACUUUUUAACAGUCACAACAAUCGGUUUAGCCACCUCAAGUCAUCCACGCCAAUAUUUGGGUUUAAUAGGAGGGGAUGGAGGGAGAAAUAAUGAAUAAUAAUAAUGAAUGCUUUACAAUCAAAAGAUUGCAUUUAACGCGUUAAUUAUUUGUUCAUUUCGAAAGCUCGAUUGCCAAAUGCCUUAAGGUUAUCGACAUUACUUUCGUAAAACAAACAAACAAGCGGAUCUAGAAGGUCUCGUUUGGAAGUUGUUGCAAUUGGAAAUCUGAGAACACAGCGAGUUACAACGACUGCUGAUUACUUUUAAAAAAUGUAGUGUACAGUGUUUCAUUCUUGACUUAGUUUGAAAGUAAAGAGUGGUUCCCUGUACGAGAUCGGGAUCUGUAUUUCAAGAAUUUCGACCUCAUCUGUGGGCCUAAGUACAAAUAUAAUCUUCUGACCAAAGUCCAUCGCUUGCUACUUUGGUGUUAUUCCACUUAACAGAACAAUCGGUCUGCUCAUUAAUAUGAGUUGACUCACGUGAUCAAAAUUCAAAGCGAGUUUUAAAAUGCACGACAAACUUGUACAAUUAAAUGCCAGCUAUUCAGUUUGUGUUUUCUUAUGCGUUUUAAGCUCCGAAAAGUUCCACUAAUUAAAGUAAUGAAACUGCCUAUUUUUCAAUCAUUACGUACAUUAGCUGGCUUAGUAAUAGAUCAACAAAUAUUAGCUACUGCUGCAGCACGUUUUCGCACUUGAAGUUAGAUAUUUUCAGUGGCUCUAACUGCUUGGAUCAACAGUGGUCAGGGAAUAAAAGAUACAUAGAUAAGCACAUAGAUUAUUAACCAUAUACACAACUUAAUUCAUUAGUAUUAUAUAUACACUUGUAAAUAUUAGAGAAAUGUAUACGUUUUCUUAGCUCUCCAUAUUGUUUAAAGCUUUUGUUUUAUCCUUGUGUCUUAGUGUAAUUUUAUACUGAGUGUCAUAAAACCCAGUCUCGAACUAAGCAUAUACUGUAGAGCACAUAAUUUAAGGUACAUAUUGGAGGUGAGAGUAUCCACAGUCCGUGGUUGUCAGUGGCUUGUGCCGCACAUGCCAUAAAAUAUUUUAUUUAUUUAUAUGUCUGUUAGCUUUUAGGUUGUUUUGCUCAUUAUCAACGAUUCAAAUGGGGUUUGUAGUCCCAGUCAGCGAUGAAACAGACUGAUGGACAUACGGACAUACGGGCUUAGUGGUGCAAGGGUGCGUCAGAGACCGGCUUUGCAAUUCAGAUUCCGGAUCCAAAUCGGACUCAAACCAUCCCUUAUAAACCUUAAUGUCGUUAGAUCUCCAAUCACAUCUUGUCGGUACGUACAGUAUAUCCAAGGUCAAUCUCCGGAGCCAAAAAUACGUGAAUACUUUUACUUCAUCGAUCAUGAGGGAAUGCUCUUUCUGGACGAUGCAAAGAUGAAAAACUUCACCAGCUGCUUUAAAGAGAAAGAUUUCCUCAAGUUCUUUUUCAACCGCCUGCGGCUGAACAAAACAAAUAGAUAUGAAAGCGAAUUUCCAUACAUUUCCCUUUGUGGCCGUGAAAGGAAUUUUAUUAGAUGCGAUGACACGCCUGUUGUGUUUACUGAACAACUAAGGAAGGACGACAAGGAGGUGCUCAGCUAUGCGCACUCGGGGCAGGUCCUAACCCUGCCUUACGAACCCCACAAACUAUACAUGGAUCCGCGUACCGGAAGGGUCUACCAUCCAGCGACGCCACAGGUGGGCGGAAUAGGCCUAGUCCGCUCCAAACUAGCCAUAGAGCUCAGCCAGCACUUUGAGUUCCCGGCUGGCGAGGCUUCCCCCACCCAUUUCCGAUGGAACGGAGAACGAUUGGAGCUGCAGAACGAGUGGGUUUGCAAUACUAAGCGGUUUCCCAUGAACGAGGAGUGUAAGUAAUUGAAUAACUUUAAUCGAUUAAAAUUGAGACAACGAUAGGUUCUAACUUACAGAGUA